CUCGACAACCAAGACCACGAAUAAGACUUCCAACCAUGAAGGGCUCCAGCAAGACUCGCUUCGGACCGUGCCCUACGACAGAGGCCGAUGCGGCAGAUCUUCCCAAAAUAGUGGGCAUAUCCAGCUAGAGCAACAUAUAAAGCUUGCCAAAUGUCCCACCAGUCCAUGUUCUAUCCAGCUGCUCUACAUCAGUCAUCAUAGUCAUGAAGGCUAUUCAAUUGAUCACUGCAUCAAUCGUGCUCGGUGUCGUCAGCUUCUCUGAUGCACAAGACUGGACUGCAAAGACCUACGAUGUCAUCAUUGUUGGAGCUGGCACUGCCGGCAUCGUUGUCGCAGAUAGACUCUCUGAAGAUGGUCGGUCCGUUCUUCUUCUCGAGGGCGGCGGCAAGACUUAUGGCGUGACCGGCGGUACUGAACGUCCCUCAUGGAUACCGGCCGACUCUGGCCUCAGCAGAGUCGAUGUACCGGGUCUCUACAAGAGCUUCUUCUCCAACGGCGAUAGCCUGUCAUGCGCUCAAUGGAUUACAGACUACACAGGAUGCGGCGUCGGUGGAAGCAGCGCUGUGAAUGCAGGUCUCUUCUUCCAGCCGCCGGACAGCGAUUGGGAAAGCCUGCCGGAUCUGUGGAGAGCUCCCAAUCUAGUUGGUGCCAUCAAUAAAGUCUACAACCGUGAGCCGUCUACCAACACAACCUCUGCAGAUGGCAUUCGAUAUUUGCAGUCUGGCUAUGACGCUGCUCAUGGAUGGUUGGUUGAUAAAGCAGGAUUUGAGGAGGUGGACAUCAAUGCACAGGCAUCGCGCAAGACCCAGGUGUUUGGUCACCCGGUUUUCAACUACCGCAAUGGACAGCGCGGUGGACCAGCAACAGAUUACUUGCAGACAGCCCUACAGCGCAAUGUGACGCUUCAAACGAAUGUUCGUGUACUGCGCAUCGUGCACGAUGGACUGCGGGCAACCGGCGUGGUGGCCAAUGUCGAUGGCGUCGAGACGACCAUCAACCUCACGCUCCGUGGUAGAGUCAUUGCAAGUGGCGGUGCAUUGAUGAGCCCACAGCUACUGCUCUUUUCCGGAAUCGGAGACGAAGCUACGUUGACUGGCCUUGCAACGGCAAACAAGCUGAAUGGUCUGCCGCGAGAGAAGUGGAUCAUCAAUAAUGCUGUAGGGCAACAAUUGUUUGACAAUCCCAAUACCUUCAUUGAACUACGCAGCGAAGCGGUCCAAUCCUACACAUACAGCUACGACUCACCUGCCGCGGGAGACGCCGCCAGCUAUGUGUCUAGCAGAAUAGGUCCCUACACUUUUGCCAGCGAAACGAGCGUAUUUUGGGACACGGUGGAGCUCAAUGGCCACACCUUUGGCAUGCAAGGCACCAUCGAUAGUGCAGGUUACGGAGACUUUACCGACAAUAACACCAUCACCCUCAAUGUAUAUGGCACUUCCGGCCUUCUGAGCCGUGGUCGUGUCAUCUUUGAUGCGUCUUUCAAGGCUGGGCAUAGCGACGAUACUUACUACUCAGAUGCCAAUCAGCAGGAUUCGCUUGCGAUUGCCACUUGGAUCAGGCGACUAUUUGAUGGGCUUCCAGGCACAGGCUUGACGCCGCUCAACAUUUCUCCAGAUGCCACUGUUGAGCAAAUUCAGCAAUACAUUACAACAACCUCGAAGUACGCUCGUGGAUCGGUGAAUCACUGGAGCAGCAGUUGUGGUCUUGGCUCCGCAGGCAACAACGCCUGUGUGGAUGUCAAUGCUCAAGUACUUGGAACGCAAAACAUUCACGUUGUGGACGCCUCCAUCAUCCCACCGAUGACGGUGAACCCACAGUUCGCAGUGAUGAUUGCAGCUGAACGAGCCAGUGAGCUCAUCAAGCAGCUCACUCAAUGAUUUAAUGGAUAUAGUCACGAUUGUAUAAUGUAACGACUCAUGAACAAGCAUUUUGUGAAUAUUGUU